AUGAGCUACACGGCGGAAGAGAAAAUUAAGCUCGCGGGCGAAGACUCGAAGGAUCGACUGUACGAGGCGAAGCAGAACCAGAAGGCGAUACGCAUCCUUACGGUAGCGGCGUACGUGCUGUGCGUAUCGCUUGUCGCCAUCAUGCUGUCGCUGUACUACAUCUUCUUCUGGGAUCCGAGCACAAACCCGAUGCAGCAGAAAACGCAAACGAUCGAUACCCUUAUCAUACCGGAUCACUUGGCAAUACGGUUGGCGAAUCGUAGCGAGGUGCCAGCGAACCGCUUUUUCCACAGCUUCUACCAGCAUCUGGUGCAGGAUCGGGUCGUUAAGAUUAGGAAGGAGGUGCAGAUCACGGAGUCGACCAACCUGACCAGGCUGAUUGAGCUGUACCAUCAGCAGCAGCAACAGUUGCGGCAGCGGCAUCCGGAGAAGUGGCCCCGAAAGCACGGAACCGUCGGUCAGCUGGCUUACCAGGUGCAAUCGGAGCAGCAGGGUUCGGUUAGUGACGGUCCCCGGCUAAAUACGGACGAGGACGAUGGUAGUGAUGAUUAUGAGCAGAGCGGUAACUACGAGCUGUACUCCAACCACACCACCAUCCAGCUCGAUGCGGACGAAACGGAGCAACAGUGA